GCCCCAUUCAGCUCCUCUCUCAACUUCUGUCUGAAAUCAUUACUGAAAAUAAAAACAUUGAUCAACACAGUAUUGUGCAGAUGGCUGUUGACACAGGAAUUAAGCCUAUACAAUCAUCAAAGCAAAUGCAAGAAAACAUGAAAAAUGUUCUAAAACAACUAGAUAAUGGAAGUGUUGACCAAAAAGUAUCAUUUCUAAACAUGCUUGUGAGAAAUUUACCAGAGUAUUUCUUCAAAUUAUACCAGGAAACGCCUGAUGGGACUUUAAGGAGACUGAAUGAAAUCAGUCCUGCAGAUACAAAUAAGAGACAAGAAAUAUCUAUUCUUCUACUGGGAAAUGGAAAAUGUCGUGUUGUGCACUUUGAGGAGGACUCAAUGGAUCCAUCAUUAAGGAAAAAGAUUCAAAAGUCAUAUCAGCCUGAAUCAGCGAAAGAACAAAAUGAAUCUCGUAUCCCAGGCCUAGAAGAUCUCAUCAGUGGCAAGAUGCAAACUUGGUUUGGAAGUGCUUUGCUAGCCACAAAAUUGACUCUAGGCCACGAAUAUGUCCUUCAUGGAGAUGGAGUCGCUCCUGUCGAUUACAGUUCAACUGGUGUCGUGCAGAAUGAAAUGCGAUGGGGGGAAGGACUUCAGCAGUUUCUGGAGAUGAAACACCAAACUAAACUGUCUAACAUGACUCUAAUCACAAACUUCAUGUCUAAUGUGGGUUUAUUCAAGAAAUACAAAAACAAGAUCUAUGGGCUCACAGGCACUUUGGGUGACCAAACAGAGCUUGACAUGCUGAAGAAACUCUACAAUGGAAUUGACACCUGUAAGAUUCCCUCAUUUAGACGAAGGAAACUUUAUGAGUUGGAGGGUUUGGUGAUAGCUGAAGAAGACGAGUGGAUCAGGACCGUCUGUAAUGUUGUUAAACAUCAAGUGACCUCCACAGUUUAUCGAGGUCCACGAGCAGCUCUCGUCAUCUGUGAAACCAUCAAUCGUGCAGAAAUAUUUCACAAGACUCUUGCAGACACCAUUUCAAAAGACAAACUAAAACUUUAUGUGAAUAACAACAUGGAUAACUCUAAGAUAAUAUAUAAUAAAGUUCAAGCAGGGGACGUCAUCAUUGCAACUAAUCUAGCAGGUCGAGGUACAGACCUAAAGGUCAGUGAAAGUGUAAAUGAGGCUGGAGGUCUGUUUGUGGUGCAAACCUUCUUACCUCUGAACGUCCGUGUCGAACAGCAAGCAUUUGGACGAACGGCUCGUCAAGGGAGUCCAGGAUCUGCUCAAAUCAUCAUGUGUGCCAGCCAUUUUUCUGACUCUCUUAAACUAGUGAUGAGCCUAAACACAUCUUUUACCAGUUUAUUCAGCCAUCUGAACCAUCUUACAACUACACUGAUGUCACAGGGUCUUUUUGAGGAAGCAGUUAAUCGCACAUAACAGCAUAACAGCUUUCAAAGUCAUAAGGCAAUGGUCUCUGCUCUCACAGGACUCUUAACAAUGAAAUCAUUCCGAAAGCAAUCAAGCAAUCUAGAAAAGGCAAAAGAUGCCAGAAAUAUUCUGGUGAACAUCAGACUCUCUGGGUUUCUUGAAAAAGACAUUCCAAAAAUCACAAAAAAGGAAGAUCUUUUCUCUGUCUACCUUGAAAUUUUGAAUGGUGUUUAUGAAGAUGAUGUUUUUUCAGACCAGCGUGAUGUAAUCGUGUCCUCUCUUCAUGAGUGCUGGGGUUUGUGGCUCCUGAUGAACUCCAGUGAGGAAAAGCCCACUGAGAUGAUGAAGGAACAGCUGAAGCUGGACUUGUCGAAUGCAAAGCGAAAACUUUUGUGCAAACAGUCCCCAUCCUCCAUGGUCUACUAUUACAUCAGGUCUGGAAACAAUCUCCGUGAGAAGGGCAGCCUUACUGAAAGCAUUGAGAUGUUCACCAAAGCUUUGGGGGACGGUAUUUGCUGGGAGAUUAUUCCUCUCUAUAAUCGUGCAUUGGCCACUAUUAAGAAGAAAGACAUUGACUAUAUUGCACGAGCAUUGGCUGACCUGCAAAGGGCUGACAUGGCAAUAGAUUCAUACAAGUCUCAUCUGGCACAGAUUCUGACAUAUGUGAAGUCAUCAAGCCAAGAGCCAAAAGUGGACGGGGAUACUUUGCUCUCCAAACAG